AUGACAGACAAUUUACACUGGGGCUGCCAAUGGCGCUCUUCAAAGGCAUUCACCAUAUCCACUAUUAUUGUGGCACUAUUCGCGGAGACAUUUUUGUAUGGCUUUAUUGUGCCUAUCUUAAGUUUUAUGGUUGAUGUCCGCCUGCGACUGCCUCCAUCUCACACCCAGCGCUUGACCACCGCUUUGCUCACAGUGCAUGGCUUUGUGUCUAUCGCCUCUGCUCCAGUUAUUGCCCAUUUCACAGAUAAAUCCCCAAACUGUAAAGUGCCUCUUUUGAUUUCCUUGGCGGGAUGCAUGAUAGGAACAUUCUUGGUCGCUUCUGCCACCACCGUAUGGACACUUUUCAUGGGCCGCAUCAUGCAAGCAUGCUCUGGCUCUGCGACCUGGAUCAUCGGGUUUGCGACCUUAGCAGAUAACGUGGGCCAGGAGCACAUGGGCAAGGUCCUCGGGCUCGCAAUGUCCUUUGUAACGGCCGGCACGACUUUGGGACCGGUGGUCUCCGGUGCACUACUUCAGUUGGCCGGGUAUUGGACUGCGUGGUCUGCUCCUCUCGUCUUACUGGCCUUGGAUUCUAUGGCUCGUAUGCUUAUGCUCGAGAAAGAGAAUGCUGAUGAAGAACCCACGACUUCGGAUGAAGAACGAGCGUCUUUGCUCGCUUCUACGAGACCUGAGUUCGAGAUGCCUGAUCAGCCAAGUCACGUAUCUAUUAUUAGACUCUACGGUGUCCUGCUCAGUGAUGCUCGCAUUAUCACUGGUCUGCUGAAUACGUUUGCGUUCUCUGUUAUUCUGUCUGGCUUCGAUGCGACGCUCCCGCUUCAUUUACAGGAUGUUUUUGGGUGGAACAGUUUACCGAUCGGUAUGAUUUUUCUUGGGAUACAAAUCCCUGCUAUGUUGCUGGGUCCGUUAGUUGGAUGGCUCCGGGACUGCAUUGGAAUACGGUAUCCUACUGCUCUAGGGUGGCUUUUGAUCGCUCCGCUGUUAUGGACAAUUGGUGUGCCGGGCGUUCCAGGACAUCCAUGGGCUGGCUCAGAAGGAUAUGGAGAAGCCAUAUUCAUCGGAGGAAUUGUUGGAAUUGGUGCUGCUUCGCCGUUAGUUCGCGGUGCAGGAAUGUUUCAGUUGACGGCUGUGACACAUGAUCUACAAUCUGAAAACCCGUCUUUAUUUGGUUCCUAUGGGGGAAACUCGAGGAUCUUCUCCAUUUUAGAGAUCGCCUUCAAUACCGGAGCAAUGAUUGGGCCAUUGUUUUGUGGAUCUCUUUCAGAAGCAAUCGGUUUUUAUUACAUGCUUUGUAUACUUGGUAUGAGUUUAAAGACUAGAACAGUCGGAACAUGCUAA